GCAGAAGGAAGAGAUUAGGAGACAGUCGGCCGCCCUCCCGAUCGGGGAAGAAGACGCGAUCGAUCACCCCGGCCCCCAUGGAAGUGUUCAACGGGGUGCGGUUCGUGCGCCUGCGGUGCUGCGCGCGGCGCGGCAAGUACCUGGCUGCCGGCUCCGACGGCUCCAGCGUGUGCCUGACGGGGCAGCGCGGCGUGCACAACGCGGUGUGGGCGGUGCACCACGCGGCGGGGCCCGACGGCGGGCCCUGCGUGCUCCUCCGCGGCGCCUACGGCCGGUACCUCCUGGCCACCAGCGCGCAGGCCGGCACGGGGCCCUCGCACGGCGUGGUCACGGCGCAGGACGGGCUCGGCGGCGCCACGCCGCUGCCCGGGAUGCUGUGGCAGGCCAUCCCCAGGCGGUCCACCUUCGUCAUCCGCAGCGGCACGGGGCGGUACCUCCGCGCCAACGGCCGGUACCUGCGGUGGCGCAGGGCCGUCACCUCCGCCGGCGACAACGGCAGCACCAUGAUGCAGUGGGACAUCGAGAACGUGCCCAUCAGCAUGACCCGCCCAUGCAUUCUUGAUCCCACCUACCAGCUGACGCAUGCGCGGCGGCGUCCGCUGACGGAGAGCGAGGUGGCUCGGCAGAUCCGGUACGUCCGCGGCGAGACGGACGGGAGCGUGAACGAGGGAGCCUGGAGGACGAUGCAGCUCAACACCCACAACCUGAUGCAGCUGCGGCUCACGCUGGCGUGCCGCCUCGGCGCCAGCAUGGACGUCACCCGCACCACCCUCUGCGUCCGCGCCGGCCGCUACGCCCACCUCAGCCCGCUGCUCGUCGACCUGCCCAUCGGCAACGACCCCAUCGACAUUGUCAUCCUCAACCACGGCACAGAAGCGGACAACGAUCUGCGGUACCCAGAUCUGCAUGCUCCAAGAGUGUUAGAUAGCAGCAAGGUCUCUAACAAAAAUGAACAGCGGACAACGAUCUGAACACACAUCUUACAGAGGUGACGACAUCGUCCUGGGACUCUUUUUGUCAGUUCUCUUGGAGUGCUUGAAUAAGAGCAGAAGAAUAGUAGUUCAGUUCUCUCACAUAACUAACUCCCAAUAGAUGUAUGUUCUGACCUCAGUUCUACUCAUUCUGUCCUGAAACUAGGACGGUGUUAGUUUUGCUGACAAACGAUCUGGACUUCUUACUGAAACUAGUCACUGAACAUGUUCAUAUAACAGGAAUUAAAACUGUAUUUAUAACCUUGGCGAAAACAGCGAGACAGCAACUGCCAACUAAUGGUUUUCAGUACUACUUCCGUUAAACAGCUCUAUUCUAGAGUUCUCAGUAAACUCAGUAUUUUUUUCCUAUGUAUACACUGCUGAUACAAUUUAUAACCUGGUUCCUUAA